UCAAAUAUCUUUAGGUCCACUGAUCUCCCUACGACAACGUAGUUCAGGAUAAAACGAGGAUAAGCGGGGUUUCACAUGCAUUAUCAUAUUUUAUUCUGCCUUGAAAUUGAUAGAUUGUGAAAUGAUACAAAACCAAGAAUUUUAAAGAUGUACCAAGCACCAAAUAAGACAACAUCAAAUAGAGGGCAUUGAGUUGAAUGAGAUGUCGUGUCCACGCAUAUUUUAAUUCACUUAUGUAUGCGCAGGCAGGUACGGAUUAUAAUUAGGUAAUUAAGUGUAUGUCCAUUCAUAUUACAUUUAUUGAUGUGUUCACUGACAGGCUUGAAUUUACUUUGCAUUAUAAUUGAACAUUAUUUUUAUUGAUAUAUCUGGUGUAACAUGAUACGUUUACAUAUAUAUACAACUUAGAAAUACAAUGUUAACAGUAUGUGUCACAUUUUCGUAAGAUGUAUUUACUAUAAAACGUAAAUUGAAUCUAAAAUUAUUAAUUAGAACUUUGUCAAACAACAGUAUACAAAAUUAGAAACAUGUAUUGAAUCAAACAAUAUUUCACCGAUAUGUUUUACGAAAAGAAGAAUAUUCUCAAUUGUUACAGUUUCUUAACGCACGUAAACUGCCGUAGUUGUUUCCCUUUAGUAGUCCGGAAAUCUUACAAAGAAUUGAAACAUAUUAUGCAUUUAUUUAUUAUGUUCUAGGCCAUAUAACCUGACUUUCUCAUCGUUGUUUCAUAUGACUUAAUUAUCUGAUGACAAAGAAUUUGUACAACUAUGAUAAUUCGAUAAAUGAUACGUUAUGUAGAUAGCACAUAUGUUAUGAACGUGAAAAUUUCUGCACUUGCAAUGUCAUGAUUUGUAGUGUAAAUCAUAAAUAACCAGACUAAUUGGGAUGAAAUAGUUUCUUCAUUCUGUUUUCUCUACGGUUUGAAUACCAAUGUGACGUCUGUAUUAUAUUUACAUGUACUUUAAUGACGUUUUUCUAUUGACAUGGCGAACCUUCUCAUCCAUUUUCAUUACAGGUGGUCUAGCAGCUGUCAUUUACACCGAUACGUUACAGACAGUCGUGCUCAUUGUUGGUGCUACCAUUCUCUUCGUUACUUCAUGGGUAGAUGUCGGUGGCUGGGGAGCAUUACAUGACAAGUUCAUGACGUCAGCGGCUAAUUACACACUCACCAACACCUCGUUAUACUCCUGUGGGUUACCCCGACAGGAUUCAUUCCAUAUCGUACGUGACGCUGUCACGGGUGACAUCCCCUGGCCAGGUGCUCUACUGGGACUGUCUACCUUAGGCAUGUACGUCUGGUGUCAGGAUCAG